AUGGAACCCACAACCAGAUCACAGCCGGUUUCGUCGCUGACCAGACUGAUCAACCAGCAGAAGAAAGAGAGUCAUGCUCCUGGCCUUGUGAUCGAUACAGGAACAGCGCCGGCAGCACCAGCGGAAUAUCCCCCAAAUGGUACGAUCACCACCACAAUUUCAAUCGAAGGUGCUUCACCCGAUGAUGAGCAGUCCGCAUUUGGAUCAUCGACCAGUUUGUCGCAAACAGUGGAGAGUUACCGCCCCAUACAUUAUCAGCCAGUGUUGAACAGGCAAUCAUCUUCGCCUUUGUCUCCUUUUGCAAAGACAAGUUCCAGAUCCAAUUCUGUGGUCUCAUUGUCUUCUAGUAUACCUUACUCUGCUCCUGGAGGUCGUUCGCUUGUUCAGGGUACAAGCGGUAUCAACAGCGCUGGUUCAAAUGGGCUUAACCAGGCCUCCAUUCCAGUCUCGCAGCACAUGCCCAAUCUGCCUAAUGGAAAUGUCAUUUCCAGCAUCAACAUCUCAUCACCAACCGUGGCGAACGCAGGUACGAUAGAGCCUCGUUUCAUCAUAUCCAAGCAGAAAGUUGCUGCUACUCAGGCAUCGCAGUCUUCGUUCUCCGCUCUUCACCAGGGAGGCCAAGCCAAUAUCUCAAGAUCAAACUCGCAUUCGUCUUUGGGAGGUAUUUUCUCCAAAUCAAGAAGAGGAACAGUCACAGGAUUUGAUGGGGUUCCUAUUCCAUCAACAUCAGUGAUUUCCCAACCGAUCUCGGCAAGUCCAAACAGUCCUUCAUCUCACAGCUCUACCGAGAGUGCUUCGCAAUUCCAAUCACGCCCUUCGGUAACACCCAAUGCGCGCCAUUCGUCAAUGGCAGAUCUCCGCCGUUUUUUUCGUCGUUCUGUGAGUGGAGCAUCCCCAAGGACUGUUACUCAAAGCAAUUUAUCUGCGGGGAUAGUCAACAGUGCAAGGAACUCGCCGGCGAUGUCCCCCAUGCAAAGCAACUCGUCCAUACAUGCCUCGAGUGUUGUGAGUACACCAGGUGAAUCAGCAAGUGUUGUUGGUCAUGCAAACGGGUCUUUUAACAGCCGAACUGCUUCUGGACGUGGUGUUCCUCUGCCUUCACCCAGUCUUCCCAAGACAGGAACAAGCUUCUCUAAUGUGAAGGGCUAUGCUCCAUCCCCGGUAGCUACCUCCGGAUCCUUAUCGGCUUCGCAAAGCUCAUUGCCAUUCUCCAAGAGAUACGGUAAAUAUGGCGAGAACUUGGGUGCUGGUGCUGGUGGUACUGUGAGGCUGGUGAAGCGUGUGAGCGAUUUACAGAUCUUUGCCGUCAAAGAGUUUCGUCCAAAAUACACUCACGAGACCAAGCGUGAUUACACCAAGAAGAUCACCAGCGAAUAUUGUAUUGGUUCUACCUUGAGACACCCCAAUAUCAUCGAGACCGUGGAGAUCUGCUACGAGAAUGAUCGUAUUGUGCAGGUGAUGGAAUAUUGUGAUUUUGACCUGUUUGCAAUCGUCAUGAGUGGAAAGAUGUCGAUUUCAGAAACUAAUUGUUGUUUCAAGCAGAUUCUCAACGGAGUGUUAUAUCUUCACUCACUUGGUUUGGCCCAUCGUGAUCUCAAGUUGGAUAAUUGUGUGGUUUCCAAGGAUGGUAUAGUCAAGAUUAUCGACUUUGGAUCAGCAGUUGUGUUUUCAUAUCCAUUUUCUAGUACAUUGGUUGAAGCUCACGGAAUUGUUGGUUCAGACCCUUAUUUGGCUCCAGAAGUGUGUGUUUUCAGCAAAUACGACCCGCGUCCUGUUGACAUUUGGUCCGCGGCCAUUAUCUAUUGCUGUAUGAUGUUGAAAAAGUUCCCCUGGAAGGUACCAAAACUCACCGACCCCAGCUUCAAGAUGUUUGCAACCAGAGACGAGACUCUUGGUGAGAUAUUGAAAAGAACACCUUCCCCUCCUGCUUAUUCGGACUUCACUACUAAUGAACAGUCUGUUUCUCCGAGCACGAAAUCCCAUGCACUAAGAGAAUACGAGGACCUGAAGAAGGCUCUCCCAGAGGAAACUCCUGCAACUACUCCAGCCACCACCGGCACUACAGGCACGAAGGACUCCGGUGAAGAAGGAAAAGCUCACACUUCAGGGCUCAAGGGCGAGGAGCGACUUUUGAAUGCUCUGCCACAGGAAUGUCGCCCUCUGAUUGGGCGCAUGGUGGAGUUGGCACCAGCAUGCAGAAUUACCAUCGACGACUGUUUCAAGGAUUCCUGGCUCGAAAGUGUCCAAAUGUGUCACAUGAUUGACGACGGAGAGUUUGGUGACAAGUUGAUUCCAUCUACCGACCACGAACAUACCAUUGUUGAUCAAAGUGUUGCGCACAUUGCGUCUCUGGAAAAGAAUAAAAAUAAGAAGAAGCGCUGA